AUGAGUGACGAGAGUCAUAUGGAUAUUGCUGAUAAAAAAGAAACCUUGAAUUCUUUAUCAAAUGAAGAUAAUUAUGUAUACCAUCAUUCAUCUUCUUCUGAACAUAAUCAACAAGAAACAUUGUUAACAGAUGAUAAUAGAAAUCAUAUUCAUGAUCAAACAAAUCUUCAUGAAAAUUUAUCAAAUAUUCAAACAUCAGAUAAUUCUUUAAAUCAAAGCGAUUCUAGCGAAGAAACACCAUUAAAUUCUGAACUUAUUCAUUUUUCAACUGAGAGUGAUGAAAAACAAAUAAAUAACCAACAAGACUCAUUUAACCAAAAUCCAAUCUCUUCUCAACAUUUUAAUACUGCAAGUAAUCAAAAUCAUGCGGAUUUGUCUUCCGUCGAGCAACUUUUAUCAAAUAUUCAACAUCAACCAGAUCCAUUCAAAUCACAACGUCAAUCUGAUGAUGAUGAUAUUCCUUCAGCUGAACCAGAACUUAAUGAAAUAUCAAUUAAUCAUCAUAAUGACGAAUCUUCAACAGUCACACACUCAACCAUAGAUGAUAAUCGUAUUUUAACAGAACUUGAAACGCCAUAUGAACAUCAUCAUGAAAGUUAUCUUAUUCCAACAGAAACAAUACUUGACGAAACAAAUAAUUCUUCAACCGAAUCACAAUCAAGUUCAAAUGAUAAUAGUCCUUCAAAUGAAUCUGAAAAAGUAGAUAAUAAUGUUCAUUCAGUUGACUCAACAAACGAUUCAUCAAUAGAAUCAACAUCAAAUUCAACUGAUAAUAGUCCUUUAAAUGAAUCUAACAAAGUAAAUGAAGAUGAAAUUCCUAUAGUUGAACCAAUACUGAAUGCAACAACUGAUUCGUCAAUAGAAUCACAAUCAAGUUCAAAUGAUAAUAGUUCAUUAAAUGAAUCUGAAAAAUUAGAUGAUGAUAAACAAAAAAUAGAUAUUAUUCCAUCAGAAUCAACAAUUGAUAACCAUAUUGAAACAGAAGUGGAAAUAUCGAAUCAGGAUCAUCAAAUAAAUGAAUCUUCUUCAGUUGAAUUGUCAAUUAAUCAAACAGCAACAAAUGUCGAAACAAAUAUAAACGAUAUUCCUUUACUUCAAUCAACAGUUGAUCAAACAAAUAAUUCUUCGACUGAAUCUGAAUCAAAUUUAUCUGAUCAUCUUCUAUUGGAUAAAUCUGAAAAAAUACCUGAAAAUGAUGUUCCUUUAAAUGAAUCAACCCACGAUCAAACAAAUAGUUCUUCAAUAGACUCUCAAUCAAGUUCAACUGAUAAUAGUCCAUCAAUGGAACCUGAAAAAGUAGAUGAAGAUCAUCAUGAAAAUGAUACUGGUUUAGUUGAAUCAAUAGUUAAUCAAACAAAUGAUUCUUCAAUAGAGGUUGAAUCAAACUCGAUGGAUCAUCAUGAUUUAGUAGAAUCUGAAAAAAUAAAUGAAGAUUAUCAUAAAAUUGAUAUUCGACCAGUCGAUGAAACGAAGAAUUCGUCAAUAAAAUUGGAAUCAAAUUUAAUUAAUAAUGAUCAUUUAACUGAAUUUGAAAAAACAAAUGAAGAUAAUUAUAAAAAUGAAGAAACAAAUAUACCAUUAAAAUCAUCUUUAUUAUCGGAUGUUGUAAGUGAAACAUUAGAAGAAAAUUCAAAUGAUUUAAGUAGUGAAAGAAUUGAAUUAGAAAAAGAAUCAACUGAAGAUAUAACUAUUAAAAAUGAAAAUGAUAUUCUGGAUAAUAUUGUUACAAAUUUAACUAAAACAUCAACAGACAUUGAAGAAAAACUUGAUAGAAAAUCAAAUAAUUUAAAUAAACAAGAAGAAGAAGAAUCAUUGUUAUCAAAUAGUAAAUUGAUUUCAUCAGAAUUUGAAGAUAUUCUUGGAAAUAAAACUUUACUUAAACAAACAAUAGUUAAAGGUGAAUUAAAUAGUCGUCCAACACGUAGUACAAUGGUAACAGUUUCAUAUAAAUUAUCAUUAAUUGAUAAUUUAACUUCAAAUAUUCAUUUGAUUGAAAAUGUAUCAAAUGAAAGAUUUUUUGCAAGUGAAGGUGAUAUAAUACAAGCAAUUGAUAUAUGUGUUCAAACAAUGGAUCGUGGUGAAUGUGCUUUAAUUGAUAGUGAUAUUCGACAUUGUUAUGGUGAUAUUGGUUGUCUAGAAAAACAAAUUCCACCUGUAUCUUCAAAUAAUUCCUAUAGAAUGAAAAUUGAAUUAGAAUUACAUGAUUGGCAAAGUCCACCUGAUGUUCAAAAAUUAUCAAUUGAUGAAAGACUUUAUUGGGGAGAUAAAAAACGACAAAUGGGAAAUUUUCAUUAUCGUCGUCAAGAUUAUUUAACAUCUCUUCAAUGUUAUAAUGGUGCUCUUCGUUUUUUAGAUACAGAUAUUAAUCCAAUAUUAAUUUCAUUUAAUGAAGAUCAACGAUCUAUAUUAAAUGAUGCUUUUAUUCAAGUAGAAAAUAAUGUUGCUCAAGUUAAUUUACUUUUAAAUAAAUAUGAUGCUUGUUUACAUGCUGUUGAAAAUGUUCUUAAACAUGAUCCAAAAAAUGUUAAAGCUUUAUUUCGACAAGGAAAAGCUUUUUUUCAAUUAGGUUUAUAUGAUAAAGCUAUUCAACCAUUAAAAUUAUUUAUACAAAUUCAAAAAGGAAAUCCAAAUUCAGCUAGUGAUAGAGAAAAAGUUAAUGAAAUGAUUCAAAUUUGUGAAAAUAAAUUGGCUAAUUAUCAAAAAAAUGAAAAAGAAAUUUAUCAACGUAUGUUUAGACCAAAAACAGAAAAACGUCAAAUAAAUAAUACUAAUCAGAUUGAUAAUACAAAUAACAGUUGGUGGCCAUAUAUUGCUAUAGGUACAGCUGUCUUUACUACUCUUGCUAUUGUCACAUUUAUCAAACAUCGGAAUACUUCGUGA